GGAAGCGCGCUCGCCCUCCGGAAAUGACGACAUUCGAUGCGGCCAGCUGGAGGCCGCGGCGUUGCUGCUGAGGGAGGCGGUGGCGGCGGCGGCGGCGGGACUCGCCCGCAGGGGUCUCCGGAUUCUCCUUGCCGCUCUUGACUCACCCCUGCCUGGCGCAACAUGGUGUCUUACCACAUCCGCGAGUACUGUCCUGGGGACUACGAGACCGUGCGGGACUUAUUCGCCACGGGGAUGAGCGAGUACGUGCCCACCCUGUGCCUCCACAUGCUGAAGCAGCCUUGGGUCAUUCUGAUCCUGGGCUGCACCUUCAGCCUCCUGCUGACCAGCUCCAAGUCCUUGCUCCUACCCAUCCUGGCUAUCACCUUGCUGUUGGCUGUUGGCCGGCAACUCCUGGGUUACAUCUGGUCGAUGUAUAUUGACCACUGCCUCCAGAAGGACCUGCUGGACAUCCAGGCCACCUACCUGGGCAGCAAAGGCUCCUGCUUUUGGGUGGCCGAGGCGGACGAAUGUGUGGUGGCCACCGUGGGGGCCAGGCCCUCCGAAGAACAGCCGGACGAACUCAUGCUGAAGAGAAUGUCUGUCCGGAAGGACUAUCGGGGAUUCGGCAUCGCCAAAGCUCUUUGCAAGACUGUGAUCGCUUUCGCCCGGGAGCACGGCUAUUCUUCCGUGGUGUUGAACACCCUCAUGGUCCAGCACGAAGCCCGGGCGAUGUACGAAGGGGUGGGCUUCCGCAAAUACCACCAUUACAUCCUCCCCACCGUCUACGGCAGGCUGGCCAACUGUACGAUUUCCAAAUAUCGCUACGACGUCCCUAGCACCGAGUGAGGGAAACCCGCCAGCCGGAAGGGUUUGCCUCCGGCGAUGGGCUGGAUCCGUCCUCUCGUCCCUUUUCUCCUUUCCUACACCUGGGACCACCACCACCCUCCCCUCCCCCCCAGGUGAAGCCAAUCAAGGGCACAGGGAAAGCGAAUCACUGCUGUUAAGUUAGUAAAUGGUUGUUAAGUGAAUCCGGCUUCCCCUGUGGACUUUGAUCGUCGUCAGGUCGCAAAAGGGAACACUUACCGUCAUAAAUACGAGUCAGUGCCCAAGGAAGCCUGGCUUCUGAUCCCGCGACCAUGGGGAUGCCGCUACGGUUGUGUGAAUAAUGGUCAUAAGUCAUUUUUUUUCAGUGACAUCAUAACUUUGGUCACUAAAUGAACCACCACCGUAAGCCAAGGACUACCAGAUCUAGCCAGCCAAUCAGGGCGCAUCUAGUGAUUAAAUUAAGCAUCCUAGCAACUCCAAACAGCAUGAUAAAAAUGCAGCUUCCUUUUCCGCUGAAGAGAGAGUUCUCGACGUACAAUAGUUCACUUUGUGACCGUCCAAAGUUACAACAGCACUGGGAAAAGUGACUUACGGGCAUUUUUCGCACUUAACUGCCUUCGCAGCGUCCCCAUGGCCGAGAGAUCAAAAUUGCUUGGCAGCCGGCUCACACUUACGACCGUCGUAAUGUCCCAGGGCCACGUGAUCCCCUUUUGCGACCUCCCGACCAGCCAA